AUGCUGAUCGCGGUACUGGUAUUCAUCCUUGGAAGCUGCAUUGCCGUGGUGUUGCUGCGAGAUUACCAGUCCACAAAAACGGAUGGCUAUCAGGCCGCGAAACGAUACCCCGGUGGAAGGAUGAUUCCAGUGUUUGGGAAUUUAUUCGAGCUGCUGUUCAAAAACCCCGUGCAGACGUUCACUUACGCUCGCGAGAAUGCGGCACGUUUCCGGGCGUCCUAUCGCCAGUGGAUCGAUGGGAAAGUGAUACUUAACAUCAUACGCAUCAAGGAGGCCGAGAAGAUUCUCUCCAGCACCCAGCACACCAGGAAGAGCAUCCUGUACAAGUUCCUACACCCGCUGAUGGGUGAUGGAUUACUGUGCAGCAAAGGGCUCAAAUGGCAGCAACGACGGCGUAUCCUAACACCGGCAUUCCACUUCAAUAUACUGCCGAAGUUUUUGACCAUUUUCCAGGAGGAAAGCGAAAAACUCGUAAAACAGUUGGGUGGCCUUGCAGAUGGCGUGCAAGAGAUAGUGCUGCAGUCCAUCGUGACGAGUUUUGCGCUGCACACAAUUUGUGAAACCGCCAUGGGUGUAAAGCUGGACGCGUAUAAUGAGGCAGAUGAGUAUAAGAAAAAGGUGUACGAAGUAGGUGAAAUGCUGGUCCACCGUACCAUGUCCCCGUGGUUGUACAACGAUCGAGUGUAUCGCCUGCUGGGUUACGAAGGACCACUAGCAGAAUCGUUGAAGCCCAUACACCACUUCACCCGCAGCAUUAUUCAGCAACGUCGGCAAAAUUUCCAAGCCCUCCAGCAAGCGGACAGUCAAAGUGAAGAGAACAUGUACUUUGGGAGUAAGCAACGUUACGCGAUGCUGGACACCUUACUUUCUGCGGAAGCCAAACAACAGAUCGACGAGGACGGCAUACGGGAAGAAGUCGACACUUUUAUGUUCGAAGGACACGAUACAACGGCAGCGGCGAUCAUGUUCACGAUCGUACUGUUAGCGAUCGAACAGGAAGCACAGGAUCGUUGUUACAAGGAGAUAAAUGAGCUGCUGGAGCAAAACUCCGCAAGUAGCGAUCCUGUAAGACUCUCCGUGCAAGAUUACCAGAACCUUCCGUACCUGGAACGUGUGAUCAAAGAAUCCCUCCGGCUGUAUCCACCGGUUGCAUUCAUCUCGCGAGCCACCACGGGAGAGCUGGUUGUGGAUGGAACUACAUUUCCGCACAACACGAUCACGCAUAUCCACAUCUACGAUCUGCACCGCGAUCCGGAGCAAUUUCCCGACCCAGAGCGUUUCGAUCCUGAUCGGUUUCUACCGGAGGUGGCUGAGAAACGGAAUCCCUACGCGUACGUUCCAUUCAGUGCCGGUCCCAGGAACUGCAUUGGGCAGAAGUUUGCGCUACUUGAGAUUAAAACGGUGCUGGUAGCGUUGUUGCUGAGCUUCCGUUUGGUACCGGUGACGCGGCGUGAAGAGAUCGUUUUCAUGGCGGAUCUUGUGUUGCGAGCGAAAACUCCCCUCAAGGUGCGACUGCAACGUCCCAUCCUCGUUGUGAUCCUGCUUGUGCUUUGGUUCGUGUGGGAUCUGCUCGAUAAAAGAGGCCCUAUCUAUGCCGCCAUUCGAAGUUAUCCUGGUCCACCUGUUUGGCCGAUGAUCGGCACGAUGUAUCACACCCGUAGGCUUGAUCCGGCCACGACAUUCGAUGCCUUCCGGUACUGGACCGCCCUGUACGGUGGUUCGUACAAGCUGUGGUUCAGCAGUCGCAUUUUCUCGCUGAACAUAACGCGCUGCCAGGAAGCGGAACCCUUUCUCAGUGGAGCUCGCAACACCGAGAAGAGUCUGCUGUAUCGAUUCCUGCACCCGUUCAUCGGUAUCGGGUUGCUGAACAGUGCCGGUUCGAAGUGGCACCAGCGAAGGCGCAUUCUUACGCCCACGUUUCACUUCAACAUCCUUAACGGGUUUCAUCGGACGUUUUGUGAGGAAAUCGAAAAGGUUGCUGCGCGUAUCGAUGACACGGGUAAGGUGGGAAAUGCCGUAGAAGUUGACCUUCAAUCAACCAUGUCGCAGUUUACGCUGAAUACGAUUUGUGAAACCUCCAUGGGCGUGAAGCUGGACUGCAUGGAAGGAGCGCGAGACUAUCGCAAUGGUCUCUACAAGGUCGGUGAAAUGAUGCUUAAUCGAGCCGUACGGCUCUGGCUGUACGUAGACUUUAUGUACCGCAUCCUGGGCUACAAACGUGAGCUCGAGCGAUUACUCAAGCCACUGCAUCUCUUCACGAUGGGAAUCAUAACCCAACGCCGCGAGCUGUUCCAGCAGGGCAUGCUGAACGAUCUGAGCACAACCGAAGAAUCAACCGACGAUCAGCCUUUAUACAGCACGUCCUCGAGUGGGAAAAAGCGCUACGCCAUGCUGGACACGCUGCUGGCCGCGGAAAUGCGUAACCUCAUCGAUGAAACCGGCAUCCGGGAGGAAGUCGACACGUUUACGUUCGAAGGACACGACACCACCGCGUCGGCACUCGUUUUCAUUUUCCUAACGCUCUCCUGGGAACCUCACAUUCAGCAGCGCCUGCAUCAGGAACUACAGGACCUUCACGACGCGAAAUGCGUUGGAGAUUCGGGCCACUUUACACCGAACGAUCUGAACUCGUUGAAGUUCUUCGAUCGCGUCAUCAAAGAAUGCCUGCGAAUGUGGCCACCGGUUGCGUUUAUCUCGCGAACCGUCACCGACGAGAUUCAGCUACCGGAUGGGCGCAUUAUCCCUCGAGGUUGCAUAGCGAACCUGCACAUCUUCGAUCUGCACCGUGAUCCGGAACAAUUUCCCGAUCCGGAGCGGUUCGAUCCGGAUCGUUUCCUGCCGGAACGGGUAGCCGGUAGGAAUCCUUACGCAUACGUUCCGUUCAGCGCUGGUCAGCGGAAUUGCAUCGGGCAAAAGUAUGCCAUGCUGGAGCUAAAGUCGGCCGUUGCCUUUCUGGUGCUGCGUUAUCGCAUCCUGCCCGUUACGAAGCGCUCGGAAAUUCGCUUCAUCGCUGAUCUGGUGCUGCGUGCGGCCACUCCACUGAAGGUUCGCUUCGAACGGCGGAAUAGGGCGUGAGAACGGCGAUGAGUUUGUUGCGUGAGUGGGUUAUCAUUUUUGCGGCGCUUAUUUACGUCCAAAGGUUCGGAUUCCCGGCGCUAUCAGUUGACCGGCGGAUAGAACUUGUACUUGUGCUUUUGCCGAGCUGAUUACCAACUGUUGACAAACAAUCGAAGGAGUGGGAUAGUCUCCUCCCGAAGAAGGUUCUCAUAUGUCCUUGCAGGACAUACCCACGAUGUUC